AGAAAGCCAUCACGUGAAUGCCUUUCAGACAACUCUUCUCUUUUUAGCCUCUCCUUCCUUUUAUAAGAACUCUACCACUCUAUCAUAAGCCUCUUUCUCAUUCAUUCUUUCAUACACUACACACUCUUCUUAUUCCUUCCCUAUACCUACCUAGUUACCUAUCCCUCUCUCUCUACUCUUCACUGUCCAUUUUUGCCUAACAACAAACUUCUCCUUUUUUUUUAUCUCCAUCCAUGACUCCUUAUUCUCUGAACCCACCUGGUUCAGGUCCUUCCACACAAGGUCAAUCCCACCUCUUCAUUUCUCCUAAUAAUCAAGACUGCCCUACCUUUUAUAACAUAUUUGAUCCAAGGAAAACCAUAGAAAUUGGAGGGUUUACAGAAAAUUAUCAACAGGAUGAAAAGAUGGUACUGCAUGAUGGGUCAGGAUCAUCAAGCAGCAAUUGCAACUCAUCCUUCAAUAUUUCAGCUGAGCAUGUUAUGGAGGAUCGAAGCAGCGCAGGUGAGAGUAAUUUAGGGUCAGAAGAUAGCAAAAACAAUGUUAGUCACGGGUCUGGGAAAUGGAUGUCUUCAAAGAUGAGGUUGAUGCAAAAAAUGAUGAGGCCGAGUAUGAGUCCAACCACUGACAAAUUAGCAAUCAAUCCAAACCCAAGAUUCCAAAAUCAAGGGCACCAAAGCAGGUACAGCCAAAGAAGCCCUCGUAAAUACAACAACACCACCACCACUAGGGUUUGUUCGGACUGUAACACAAGCAGUACCCCACUUUGGAGGAGUGGCCCUAAAGGUCCUAAGUCUCUUUGCAAUGCUUGUGGCAUUAGACAGAGGAAGGCAAGAAGGGCAAUGGCGGAAGCUGCAAAUGGGUUAGUGACUCCCAUGAAUGCAGCAUGUGCAAAGAGCAGAGUUAAUAACAAGGAAAAUAAGUCUCGAACACACCAUUUUGCACAGUUCAAGAACAAGUACAAGUACUCCACUAGCACUACUGCUGAAGGCUCAUCUGAGGGGGUUAAGAAGCUUGAAUAUUUCAAUGAUUUCGCCAUAAGUUUGAGGGGUAACUCUACUUUUCAACAAGUGUUUCCACGAGAUGAAGUAGCUGAGGCCGCAAUGCUUCUCAUGGACUUAUCUUGUGGCUUUGUUCACUUAUAAUUAGCUAGCUAUAGGCUAUAGCUAGAUACUUUUUUCAUUAGUAUUUUUGUUUUUGUUUUUUAACUUUUAUGUAAAAGUUAUUAAUCCGUAGUUAUUUGUUUGGUUGUGACGUGUGAAGUCGAGUUGGUGUAUCUGCAGCAGAGCCAAAAUAUUGUCGGCUACAUUAUAGCUACAUCAUGUGAUGAUUGAGUAAAAGUUUGUGCAAGUGAUCAUAUAUAUAACUUAA